AUGAUUAAAAAACGCACCAGCAAGGCUCAACUCUCCAAUCAGAGAGCAAUCAAAAAAACAAAGCCUUCGGAAAAUGAUGAGGAACAUGAAGAACAUCAAGAUACUCAACUUGUAGUGAAGAAUUAUGAUUUUGGCAAUGAAAAUUCAACAAUUUCAAAUAAUAUAACAGCAAGUAAUGAAAAAAGUCCGCAGCGUGAGCAUAUCACUGCUAAUUCCGGCCAUGAGAAUGAUGAGGACAAUAUUGUAGAUGUGUUACCGACCGAAAAAAUCAAAGAUAGAAAAUCCAAAUCGAAUCAAGAAAAAUCUCUUCUUUCAUCUUCUACAAAAAGCCACACGAAAAGUGUUUUACCCAUUCAUGACACUAUUAUCAAGGCAAACCGAGAGGGAAAACAUGAUGAAUCCUAUUUGGAUCGGAUAACCUCGACGAACGUGAAUGAAUUUGAUGAAUUGGAUACAGAAAAGAAAAAGAAAGACGUUGGUCCUACAAAAGUUUCAAAGCAUGUUCGUGUCACAAGCAGAAUGGAUUAUCAGCCAGAUAUUUGCAAGGAUUAUUACGAAACUGGAUUUUGUGGUUAUGGUGACAAUUGCAAAUUUGCACACCCAUUCAAAGAUCCAAUUGUGACCUUAUGUGGACAUUACUUUUGCAGUAAAUGUGCCAUCGAUCGAUAUAAUGGAGGAAAGGAGCCACAUUGUGCUUGCUGUGGACAAAACACUAAGGGAGUUUUCAAUACGGCUCAUAAAAUCGUUGCUGCUAACAAGAAAGGUGCAAGUCAUAGGAAAUGA